CCGUAGGUAGGUGGAGUAGUCACGUGAUCCGUCAUCGCGAUCACUGAGUUCCUGGAACAAACAAAACAAACUGAGCAGUACGUGGGGAUAUCUCUGCGUGUCACUCGCUUCGGCGUGUUGAAAUCAGAUGUUGACAAUGCGGGUGAAAAUAACACUCGCCCGAGAACACAUUCAUGAACGAAGACAGGGCGUAACCAGCGAACACCUAUGCGUUAGCUUAGCUUAGCCUCGGCACUGCGUUUCAGGAAAGACCUCGCUAGCUGCUCGAGCUAAACGAAGGCUGUCCAAGAAUACGUAUGAUUACUGGUCGCUUACAGCCGAUCCCCAGUUUUCAGAUGAUCGGCAUCACUUUCACCAGGAAGUUCUCUGCUCAGCUGAAUAUCGGUGCGUGAUCUGGGUUGUGGGGCGAAGCCGAUGUAAGCAGACACUAAAAAUGGAGGCUGUCAGGCCAAAGAAGACCAAGUCAAAAACCAGCGGAAAAUCUCAGCUGGUCAGGAAGCAGAAGCAGGCAGAGGAAGACAAAAGAGUCAAGGCUUCCUCAGCAGUCUGCGAUGAGGCCUCUGCGUCUGGCUUCACUGACAUCCCCCUCAGUCUACCUUAUCAGGAGCAAAAUGAGGACCAGCAGGACCCUGUUGACCCCCCUGAGGCUGCAGUACAGACAUCAGAUCUGAACAGUGAGAAGCAACACACGCCCUCAUCAGAGACUUCCUCUGCGUCAGUGUUAACCCACACUCUCCAGUCAAGUCUGAAUUUGUCAACAGUGACAUCGGAGGUCAGCGCGCAACUGACGGAGUCAAAGGAGGAGGAUGGUGAGGUGGAAGCUCAGAGACCUGAACCACAAACCACUGAGUUGGGAAUAGACACACAGUUUUGGAAUCAGCCUUGCGUUUCAGCUCAGUUUGAAGUCCUUAAUGUCCCAAGCGCCCCUGCCCUUUACCCAUCUAUCCCCACACUGGAAGUGGGUCCUGUGAUGCAGCUCUGUGAAGAAGCUGUUAAAAACUGUGAAAAGGAACCUGCAGUGUUGGCACUUCCUGAUCAGGAAUCAUCUCCUCCAAGUUUGCACCCUCUGGAAUCUGUAGCUGAACUUUCAAGGAGUAAACUUUACCCUGAAUUACCCAAGACUGCUCCAGAGAUUCAGCCAUUCACCCUGGAACAGCUCAGUGUCUGGGAGCCAGGGGGAGGGUUGCGAACAUGGCUGGAGGGUGUUGAGGUCUGUGCGGCCCAGUUCUGUGCUCUGGCCAGACAAGAGAACCACGAACUGACUGAACUGCUGCAGAACUACUGGCGCUGCCGCAGACAGCUGACCCAGUCGCACACACAGCUGCACACACAAUCCUCAGACUGCAAGAGCACACAGAAUCGUCUCUGGACCUUCAGAGAUGAACAGCUCACACUGCAGGGUGUGUGUGCAGACCAGUCUAAAGUAUGUGGAUACCAUCGCUUCCAGCAGGCUGAGUUUAGCGAGAGCGUGCUGGCUGAGCUGAGAAGACUGUUUGAAUCUUGCAGCGAGCUGCUCCAUCAGAAGGUGGUGCUGCACGCAUACACUGCUCUCCUGUCACGCCUACAGGUGGAGUCAUACUUAUAUCGCCUUUUAAAAGAUUUUUCUGGCGGCCAAACAGAGUCUUGUUCUCUCCUACCCCUGAAAGAGGCCAUCAGCGUCCUAUUUAGCUUCACGCGUAGAGUCCUCGAUGACACGCAGUUCCAGACAGACGUCCAUCAAUGGCUUGAGAGAUUGGUCGCCGUUCUCUUGCAUAUUAGAGGUCCGGGGGAGCACCUUUACCUGCUGUGCCAUCUUCUGUGCUGUCCUUCUGGGGUGGGAAAGUGGGCGGCACCUUUCCUCCAAAUUGAAGUCUGGGGGAACACCUCUGGAGUUCAACACUUCAUGCAAGCUUUAGCCAUCCUCAUGUCACCUGCCAGACACCGAGCAGAAUUUCUGGGCCACAUGAAGCCGUGUGAGAGUCAGAGCUCAGCAGCCUCUGGACCUGAGUCUGGUAACUGGACCCUAGUGGACGAAGGUGGAGAGGAGGAUGAGGAUCCUGAGAGCAGCUGGUUGCUUCUCUGUGAGGAGGACCUGAUCUCCCUGCUGACCCAGUUCCCGUUCAAACACCUCUACUCAUACAUGCUGGGCAUGAGCAAGCAGGGUGUGUAUGAGCCCCAGGCCUGCUCCAGUCAGAAGAUGAUGCGCGUGUUUGCUUUUGCUUCGUCACUCAUUGAAAUUCUGGCUCUUGGGCUCCAAACUUACAACAGGGCACGAUACAGACAGCUCGUCAAACGAAUAGGACACAUCAUACGUAUGACAGUGUGCUACGUCAGUGAUCACUGGGCCCAGUAUGUGAGUGUGACUGAUGCUGGUGGAUCCAGCUCUCAUCUCCAGUCUAUGUCUUUGGACAAACUGCAGCUGGAAUAUGAUCAACUCUUCCUGAGAGCUGUUUUACAUGUACUCAGAAACAAAAGAUUGGGCAUUUGGUUGUUUAUGUCUGAGAUGCCGUACGGGACUUUGUCCAGCUCGAUGCUGUGGAAGGUCCUGUAUGUUAUGCAGUGUGCAGAGACUGCAGGACUAGAAACUCUCAGCGCUGCCAGUGACACACACUCAUGCAUCCAGGCUCUCAGAGACCCAAAGCACCAGGACAGGUUUGAGCAAUGGCUGUGUGAAGUGAACAGCUCUGACGGCAUCUCUCUCCUCACUGCGCUAGCGCACAUGGCGACACCUACUCAGCACUCUGAUCCUACGUUCAUCACCACUAUAACACUGCUGAUUUACCAGGUGUCUUACGUGAGUGUGUCUACCAGAGAAACUUACUCCAAGGUCGGGAGGGAGCUGCUGGCUACCAUAGCAACAGCCCAUCCCUACGUUAUCUCUGUGCUCUUGGAGAGACUGAGAGAGACCAUACAGACUGUAGGAAUGGUGGCAUUGUAUCUGUGUAAAGAGCUGCCUCUGAGUCUUUGGCGGCCGCGGCAAGAGGAAAUAUGUGUGAUAGGAGCCUGGUUGCUCCAGAACCCUCUGUCUGCAGUGGAGAACCGGUUGGCCUGUGUCAUACUGGAGGGUUUGAACUGGGGUUACACGCAGGAUGGUACUUUGGCCUUGCCUUCGUUUCUCCAUAGUGAGGUAGCUCUGCUGGUGGCUGAAGCAUAUCAGAAGUACCUCACAGACAAGCCAUAUAGUGGCCUCAUAUCAGAAGGAAUCAAACAGGUGUCUUACCUUGCCAGUGUCCUUCGUCUGGGUGUAUCUCCUGAAGCGUCCUUUAGUCAAUGGGCAUGGCAACUGUUGCUAAGGCUGAAGCUUCAUGGCAACGCCCAGAACCAAAAAGGAGCCUGGGCGGUCCCUACUCUGGCAUCCAACCCACCUCCAGAGCUUACUCACAGUCCUAGCAUGCACUCAGUUCUCAGGGCUGUAAAAGCAGGGAUCCCCAUUGGAUGCUACCUGUCCAUAGCCAUGACAACAGUGGGGCAUAGUCUGGAGCACUUUUGCACCGAUGGAGUGGGAUUGUUGAAAAGCCUGAUUCUGUCUCGCCACCUGAGAGCUGCUGUGCAUCUGCUGGAUAACAUCCUACCCCCAACCUACCCUCACAGCUUCUACCUGCUCAACAACGCUCAGUUUGUGAGUUGCAUCCAGUUGUUCUUGCAGUACGACAGUGUGUGUCCUCAAGGCGUGACGCAACAGGUGACGCAUAGAGUAGCACCGCUUCUCACUGGAACCACCUACGGAGAUAAUGUCCGUCUGCUGAACAGCGUCAUUCAGAGUCAUGUGUUGGAAAGUUCACAGCCCGGUCGAGUGGGAUCUGCAGCGGUGCUGGAGUUUUGGGUGGGAAUUCUCACUCAGCAGAACCUGUGGUACCGAGACAAAACAGUCCUAUUCCUCAUGGAUCAGAUCUGCUGUGCUGCCUUCACUCACCACCAGGAGGAGUGUGUUCAGAAGCUCCUGUACCAACAGCAUAAGAAUGCCUUGGGUUACUAUGGAGAUCGGGGUCUGAUCUCCUCUCUGGUUGGCUGGAUUUCUGGAAAUGCCACGCCUUCCUUCAUAGAGGGACAAUCCCUGAGUGCAGAAGUUUGGUUUGCCUGGUUGGUGCUGAACAUGGAGGGUGUGUUUGAGGAAGAUUCUCAGCUGAGGCGCUGCGUUGAGCUCGAGCUCUUGUCAGAUCCCAGCAUCUCCCCAGAUCAAGCCUUGAAGAAAGUGCAGCAGAAACUGAAGCUGCCUGUAGCCCCAUCUCUGCAGCGGCUCCAGGUGUACCGCUGGGCGUGUCAGGCUGUAGCAACACCACCUGACCACCCUCUCCUUCCCCUCAUCUGGCAGAAGUUCCUACAGUUCUACCUCAGACAGCUUGGACCUGAAUAUGGCCUGGCUGCAGUGGGAUGCAUAGGCCGGAGGUUCUUCCAGGCCUCAUCUCACGCUGCUCUACUCAGAGAUCUGAAGCAGAGAAUACAAGAGGUGUCAGACUUCCACCAUGCAGCCAGCCAGGCACUCAGAGUGCCCCCGCCAAACACACCCUCAUCAGACAUCCAGGGCGACAAAAGCCCCAACAAUGUCCAGCCGCCUUACCUCACUUCUCCUCAGCUGCACACAGAGCUGGUCCGGUUGUUCGGUGUAUUUGCCGUGUGGUUGGACGAUGAGACUCUGCAGAAACAGGAAGUGUACCUCCCAUGUCUUCCGCCAGAGUACGAACCACACAGACUGGUACAGGUCUUACAGCGGCAGCAGGAAUUGUGGCUGGAGUAUGUGGACCAGGAGCGUCUGCAGUAUGAUCAGAAGGAGGUUUUGUCUCUGUGGGAGAAGGUGCAGAGUGAGCCCACUUUUCUGCAGACCCAGAACCCCGGCUUUAUAGACUACACCAGCCUCAACAAUGCAAAGGAGCGAAUCUUAUCCAACCUGCAGAAGCAUCCAGUUCCCCGUACAGCUCCUGAGCUGCAGCAGCAGAAGGUUCCAGUGGCUGAUGUCCCCACCGCCUGUCUCACCGACCGGAAAGCUGCUUCUGAACUAUUGCAGCACGACCUCAGCAUUUUGCAGGACCAGGCCAGGAUGGCAGUCGCACGUGAAGCCCAGCAAGUGGCCAUGGAGCAGGAGCUGCUGGAGAGCCUUCCUUUACUGUUUAAGAACCGACCAGAGCAAGUCAGCAUGGCCCUGGAGUGUAAAGGGAAGGGAGGACAGCCAUGCCAGGGACCCGCAAACAUCACCGUCACAUGUGAGCGUGUCCAGAAGCAGGAGGCAGUGCAGACUCAGAUAGCUUCACUGCGCAGGGACAUCAAGAAGCUUCAAACCGAUUCCAUGGCUCCUCCCCCUCCAGUUCUGGCCCAGGCUGCGGUCCACACUGAGAACUUUAUCACGGCUCUUGUGAACAUGCACAAAGCGCAGAAAUCCCCGGCGGUGCAGAAAGUUGGCGUGUCAGCCUUUUACCAGGUGGUCUCCUUUGUGUGUGAGGACACGCUGCGACAUCCCCCAACACGGCAGUACCUCUCAUCGUGUGUGGAAAUACUGGGACAGGUGUUUAUCCAGGGAAAUGCAGAAGAGUGUGGCCGAGUCCUGAAGACCAUCCUGGAGAACAGGCGCCUUUGCCCUCUCAUCUCCCCCUUCUUCACUCCCAACGCGGCUCCCAAACAGCUCGUCUUCCUCUACCAAGACGUCGUGACAUCCCUGCACCUUGACAGCGCUGAUGUCGUUUUCAUGCUGCUCACUAAGUUUGAUUUGUCCCUGUGGCUGAAUGAAGAGCAUCCCGUGUUUUCGGAGAGGACCCGUUUGCUGGAGUUGGUCCACGGAGCUCUCUGUGUCUGCGGGAAGGACCCUGAGCCUGAACUCCUCACACCCUUUCACCUUUUCACCAAACACUGGACCUGGCUUUUACGUCAUCAUUUCCCCGAUCAUUACAGUGAUUGCCUGCGUCUUCUCAUGACCAGUUCGUCGAACCAGUUGCUGAGUCCAGAGUGCUGGAAGGUGACUCUGCGUGUGCUGGGCUGCUUACCUCCGGCUCGCAGCGCCAAGAGUAAAACCGAACAAACCCCCAGCGUUACAGAUGUCCCUGGCCGUGCUGCUGGACCCCCAGCCUCUACUCACAGAUCCCCCAUCAGCCUCUCUCCUCAGCAGGUGGAUGAGACAGUUGACUGGUUGAGUGAUUACUUCUUGAAAAGUCGUCUGAGUAAGACAGACCUGCGCAGCUUCGGCCUCUACUCUGCGUGGUCUCCCUACAUUUGUGAUGUUGUUUCCUUCUGGGACCAUUUGAUUGGUUGCCUAAUCAACGUGCAGCUCAGCAGCUGCGCCAGAGAGUCAGUGGGCAGCAGCAAAAUAAUGAAAGCUCUGCAGGAUCUACACGGCAAGAUUGUGAAGUUAUUUAAGCCCUGGAUCUUUCCUCUGGACACUGGGGAAGGCGGUAACGUCAAGUGUUACCCCUGGCUGGAGUCGGACGCGGGCUCAGCAGGAUUCCUGGUUGCCCUGUACGCUCAGCUCACUGACGCACUUCAUCACAAAUUCAGAGAUCGCCUGCUCCCCGGCCAGAGAGGCGCUCUGUGGCUGUGUAUGAUGCAGUACUGCGAGAGCUGCACCGCACCACGAACACCUGAGUACCUGCUGUACCUGUACCACAUAAACCUCCGCAGCCUGCCCUGGAGACACCUACACCCUGACACUCAGCUCAUGGAGCAGCUCUUCAACGUCGAGAGAGGAAGCCCCAAGAGCUGCUUCCUGUUCAUGGGUGAGGUGUUGUGUGAAGUUAACUGGGUCAGCGUCCUGAGUGACCACUUACAAACGCCUCCCACCGCCACAACGUAUCCAGCUCUGCCAGACAUGGGUACACAGAAGGAGUCUCACGCCAUGUUGGUCUAUCUGCUAUACAUGCUAGUUUUUCUGGCAAAGGAGGAACAGCUCCUGAGCCAACAGGACUCCCCUCUUCUCAGUCUGUUGGUUCAGUCUACCUCUCUGCCCUGGCACCAACUGGACCUGUCCUCAUACCAGAGCAUUCUGGGAUACGUUGGCACCCACUACCCUCCCUCUUUGUUCCUCAGUGUGGAUUCUGCUCCUCAGCUGGUGCUGAAGUCGCUCCGUAGUGCUGCGGGGCUCCACCCCCGUCCUAGUGAAACUCCACACCCGGAGGAGACACGGAAAGCCGGAGCCUACGUGUGCUGGUGUGUGCAGUCACUGGUGACUCUGGAGCAAGGAGGAAGCAUCACCCUGAGCAGCCUGGAGGCGCAGAUGGAGACGCUCCUGGAGUGCAUCAUCACAUUCAACCCACCAGAGGUGGGUUUGGAGCAGAGGCACAUGGCAUUCUGCAGUCUCUUCAGUGACGCGCUGGCUCUGCUCAACGGAGUGGGCGUCUCGACAGGCGAGGCGCUGGCCGCUCAUGUCAUUACCUGGCUGGACAGGAAGGGGCGGGGCUUUCCUAUCCUGCCCCUCCUCACGGCUUGCUCUCGCUGCCUUGCAUCAGUGCGGCACAUGACGCGCAUCAUGGAGGCGUGUAUUACAGCAUACUUCAAUCAUGCUGAGGAAGAGUCUGCCGGUUGGGGUCCCGUGUUGGCAUCGCUCCAGGUGCCUGAGCUCACAGUGGAUGACUUCCUCUCUGAGAGCCAAUCAGGAGGAAGCUUCCUGACGCUCUACGCCUUCAUCCUGCAGCGCCUCAACACUGAAUACACAGCUGCCAACGAGAGGAGGACUCUGGCUCUGAUUAACACAUGGACCACUCAAGUGUUCCCCAGUGGUCCGGGUGAUGAAGCCAAGCUGUUUCUUUGGUGGCACAAAGCACUGAAUUUAUCAGCGGAGCAGCUUCAGCCUCAGGCCGGUCAGACUGAAGUAGCAGGAGUCGUCAUGGGUCUGAUGAGACUGCAAACCAGGCUUCUUCAGAUGGGAGAGGAAAGGCUGAACUCUGGGCUGCUGGGAGCUAUAGGCCUCGGAAAGAGGUCUCCUGUGUCUAAUAGGUUCAGGGUGGUGGUUCGCAGUCUGGCAGCAUUCCUGACCAUCCAGGUGCCAUCGGAGACCGAGCUUCGACUUCAGCCCACCAGUGAUUUGCAGCUCUCUCCUAAAGCACAACAAACGCUGGGAAUGUUGGAGGCCAUGCCCAGCAAUAAACAGUACGCUGAGUUAGAGGACUCGGUGAAUAAGGCGGUGCAGUUCAUCCGCUACCCAGGCCACUGCCUGAAAGAUGGACCGCGACUGCUGGCCCUCCUAGCAAACCUUCUGUACCCCGACCUCAGAUACCUACACAUUAUCCGCUGAUCAUGGUUUGGAGGAGCGGCAUGUGUUCUGUCGCAGCCAAAGUCUUGCCGGAGCACAAAGUUUUCUAGACUGGUACUGAAUUGCUUUUGUUAUUCUGUCAGCGGGAGUGACACCGCUUACCAAUGAACACUUAUUGCGACAGAAACUGUUCCCCAGAGCUGCCCGUGCAUUUGUGAAAAAUACCUUUUUGACUGGUAGCAUACAAUGGAGGAUCAUAAACCCAGUCAGAGGUAAAGGCAAUCUCGUGUGCUAAUCUCUGACGUUUUUUUAGCACUUUAUUUUUUUUCUCUCAUGUUUAUGCCUUGUUGCUUUUUAUGUAACUCGCCCGUUGGUUUUAAUCGCCGUCUGCUCCGUUGAGGAUGUUGCACAUAUUUAUUGGAGCAGAAUUCAUGAAUCAGAAUUCAGCUCUUGGGCUUUAGGUGUGAGUUUGCCACCAGCAUGUGGAAUCUAACAGAAAAAAAAGAUGAAGGUCCAUAGAUUAUUUAGGGGCAGGUUGAAGGACAGAUCUAAUAGCCUAUAAGUUUAGUAGGUAGGUCUUAAAAUAAGGUAGGGACAUAUUAAGAAUGCUGGUGUUUAUGGUGCGAUACAAAUCGUUUGCUGGUUGAUGCUAGCAUCUAGCUACGAGUCACAAUCUCAGAUGUUUCAACUCUAAGUGGUGUACACGUCCAGAUGAAUACAGUGGACGCCUGUGUGAAGUUUGCUUAGUAACAGAACAUUUGCCAGUAUUAUGUUCACGUCUAGCCAAAAGUGCUUUCAUUGUUUUCUGCCAAAGAGAGAAGUUGUUUUCAUCUGUUCAGCUACUGAAACCUUCACGACCACGUACCCUGAGUGUUUCAACGGCCCCUGUUCAGCACAACAAAUGCUGCAGUCUGAAGAAAGCACACACACAGGAGGAUACACUUACAAUGUGCCACAACACUUGGCUUCCUUAUAAAGUAGUAUGCGCACUUGCAGGUCAAAUUGCAAAUGCUGUUGGUAUUACUCAGAGAGCAGGGAUGAAAUGUUGGAUCUAGGGCUUGAAUACACUCAUUUGUGGAUGAAGUCAGAUUUUAAGUCGGACCUUCUGUUCAUUCAAGAUAGUUUUUUUUACAUCUUAUUUGCCCAUGUCAUUUCAUUCUUCUGUCUGUUGCUCUGUGCUGUCUCGGUAAUCAUCACACUGCUCUUCGGCAGCCCGAGGCGCACCUUCUUGCCAGCCUGUUAAUGUCAAAGCAUUUUCUUUGCUCUCUCUUUUGGAUGAGUCACUGAUCAGGAAUGGGUCUGAAGAGCUACGGAGCCAGGCUGCACAAAGGAGACAAGACUGCUCAAUAAAUAGACGUGAAUGUCUCACAGCUGGUGUUCAUCUUAUUUAACAGAGUGAUUUGGGCCCUUAUGUACAUGCAGCCUCUCAGAACAUCGGGACUGAUGUAAACUCCCAGGACAGAUCACAUGGAGCCUCUGAACUGAGUUUAAACUAUACCCAAAGAGAUCCUGACAGCUCUAAGAGGUACAAUGCUCCAUGCAUACAAUAAAACAAAGUGGUCUUAAA